CAUGGCACCCAAGUCUGAAAGGAUCAAGCCGUGGAAGCUUCCGCCCNCAAAGACCUUCAUCUUCCAUAACGCCAACCUUAUUGAUACCGAGCAAGGAGUGGUCCGCAGAGGGUGUUCUGUCACGAUUAGCGCUGGUUUGAUCGAACAGAUAACAGAUGGCGCAGACAGCCGAACCAAACUUCCAGAUGAUGCUAUCGUCGUUGACCUCGAAGGCCGCUAUCUCUGUCCGGGACUCAUCGACGCUCAUGUGCACCUCAUGGCUGUGCCAGGCUUUGAGGACUUGAGUAAAGCUUUCGGAAAUCCAUUUGCUGUAUCUGCGUUCAGACAGCCCUAUGUGUGUCAGCAGAUGCUGGCUCGCGGCUUCACAAGUGUCCGCGACUGUGGAGGCGCUACGUAUGCUCUCAAGGAGGCGAUCGAGGAUGGUGUCUUUCCUGGACCCAGACUAUUCUUAUCAGUUCAUGCUCUGUCGCAAACUGGCGGCCAUGCAGACAUUCGCGUAAGCCGUAUUUGUGACGGUAUCGAAGAUUGUAUCAAAGCCGCUAGGGAACAGAUCAGGACAGGAGCUGAUUUCAUCAAGAUCAUGGCAGGAGGAGGAGUCACAACACUAAUGGACAAAUUGGAAAACAUCCAAUUCACUGCCGAAGAAAUUCAGGCAAUCACCGCAGUUGCAAACAACGCCGAUCUCCUGGUGUUUAUGCUGAUAAAAAUCAGACUANCCGCCCAUGCAUACACGCCGAGAUCGAUUCGUCAUGCGAUAGACAAUGGCUGCAGGGGCAUUGAACAUGGCAAUUCCAUCGACAAACCAACUGCCGAGCUCAUGGCCGAGAAGGGAGCAUUCUUGACACCAACCUUAGUGACAUAUGCUGAGAUGAACGACUGGCCAGGCUAUCUACCUCCUGAGAGCGCGAAGAAGAAUUCCUUGGUCUUGGAAGCUGGAAUCAGGUCGCUCAGAAUCGCCGUCGACGCUGGCGUUACCAUUUGUUUUGGAACCGAUCUGCUUGGUCCACUGACCAGCGCUCAGACCAGAGAGUUCAGUAUACGCUCGGAGGUUCUCUCAGCUGUCGAGUUGCUCCGUACCGCCACUAUCAAUCCAGCACGUAUGUUGGGAUGCGAAGCCGGACUUGGUCAGAUCAAGCCAGGUUUUGUUGCAGACCUGCUUGUGCUUGAUCAAAACCCAUUGGAUGAUAUCACGAUCUUGGACCGCCCAAUCGAGCAUCUUUUGNCGGUCAUCAAAGACGGUAGAGUUUGCUACAGUCGUUGGUCGAAGCUGCCAGUGGAAACCCCGAGAUCACUGCCACUGCUUGCA